CCUAGGACCCGCGCGAGGCCCUGGGCAGGUGCGGCCGCAUGUGGGGCCCCUCAGUGCUUUCUGUUCAGGCUUGUGUCUUGUUUUGAGUUUCCUUCUACUCCUCCAAAAGGGACCGUCCAGGUCAUGCCAGGGGAAAGGAGCUCCAGGAACCAGGAGACAAAGGCAGAGGUCUGAAGCCUGUGUCCUGAGUUCAGAGAGCAGAGGAGGUCCAGGCAGUAUCAGGAGUCAAGGCAUUGUGCUCGUGGUUGAGAUGAGUGAGCUCAGCAAACCCGAGGAAGACCUUCAGGACCCAGGCGAGGCCCAGGGCCCUAUCGAGGUGCCGCUCUUGGAGGCUGAGGUGGGGGAGUCCGCAUCCCACUUGGCCUCCUACCACCCAGCAUCCUCCUCUGCUCCUAUGGAGGCCUUGCCCCAGGAAAUUCUGGAUAGCAUGAUAGGUAAACUGAUGAAGUUCCUGCUCCUCAAGUAUCGAGCCAAGGAGCUGACCUCCCAGGCGGAAAUGCUGAAUAAGGUCCUCAGGGAUAACCAGGAGCACUUCCCGGUGGUCUUCAGGGACGUCUCAGUGUGCCUGCAGCUGGUCUUUGGCGUGGACGUGAAAGAGGUGGACCCAGCGGAGCACAUCUACAUCUUGGUCCCCAUCCUGGGCCUCACUUGCGAUGAGAUGCUGAGCGAUGGGGUGGGCCUGCCCAAGGCCGGCUUCCUGGUGCUGGUCCUCAGCAUGAUCAUGCGGUUUGGAGACCCGGCCCCUGAGGAGGCGGUCUGGGGAGCACUCAGCAGGAUGGGGGUGUAUGUUGGGAGUGGGCAGUGUGUCUUUGGGGAGCUCAGGGAGCUUCUGACCCAAGUGUGGGUGCGGGAAGGAUACCUGCGGUACCAGCAGGUGCCUGACAGCCACCCUGUUUGCUAUGAGUUCCUGUGGGGUCCCCGGGCCUAUGUGGAGACCAGCAAGUGGCAAGUCAUGGCAUUUAUGCGCAGGGUCAACCAAAGGGCUUUGAGGACCUUCCCAUUCCUGUCUGCAUAA